AAAUAAUUCCUCGACGUUGGCACAGCGCGUUCCAUUUCCAAAGCAAAUAUCUUCCGCGAGCACGCGGUCUUUGUCUAUUUUUAUCGUAACUGCUGCGCAGAUCGAUCCCGAAGACACGCACAUAUCUCUUUUUAAUUGUUGCAAUUGGAUCCUUUUACCGGGAAUAUGAGCACUUCUCUCAUAGAAAAAUAUUACAACAAUCCAGGCUAUGAACUGAGUGAUAUACAAACAGAAGCAUCAAUAAAAAUAGUCGAUUUAGCCAAGAAUUCAAAAUUAAAGGGUGACAAAUUUGUCAACAGAUUAUGCGAAGCGACACAACUGAUGACAACCCACUGCUCCGAUUUCCAAUCUAUAUGCAAUCACCAAGAUGUACCUUGGGCCAUUAUAGAUUACAUGUCGUAUUUUCAGACAAACAUAUUUAAAACCUGCACACCUGAGAAGGAAGAAAUGUGGUCGAUAAUGUUGACGCUUCUUAAUUUUUGUGCAAGGCAGGAGGUGCAAUCUUUUUUGGAGACCUAUCUCGUCAAGCACUCAUCAGCAGACGAUCAUGUAUACGAAGAAUAUAAAAAGCUGAAACUUUCAAAUCAGACCAUUGAAAUGAUACUCUUUGAAGAUGCGGAUUUGUAUGCAGUUGUUAGUUAUUUAAAGAUAUCAGACAAUUCUCGGAACUUGAGUAAAAUAUGGAUACCAUCUUUGUUGAAAUAUGAAUUUUUAUCACUGAAAGAUCGAUAUUUUAAGAACCUACAUAGUGACAUUUGUAUAUUUCAAUUUAAGCAAGAGCUACUUACAUCUCCCACGUUUUACAAAAUAAACGUAACGUCUAUAUGGUCUGAGAACAUUGCGGCAGCAAAAAGUUUAGCGGCAUCCUUAGACAGAAACAUCAUUCUUGUAAAUACGCUGGAUCUCUAUGAUAGCGCAGUGAUUAUGCCUUAUACAGAAAUAUUCAAAAUUUUACUGCCUCACCAUCGUAAUUUAAAUGAGGAUCAACAGAUAAUAAACACGAUAAAACCAAUAAAUAACACAAAUCAAUCGAAGAAGAAAACAAAAGCCAAUGCACCUGCAGAUCCAGUACCUCCUGCGGAUUCUGAUUUCAAUCUUAUGUUUUAUGAUGGUACAUGGCAAAAGCCUUUGCAAAACACUUACUGGACAUAUAAGAAUACUCCAAGGGCAAAUGCAACAAGCAACGAUAUUAGCAGAUGCGUUGCAUCAGCUAGAAAGGGGUUCAAAAUCUGGAGUGCACUGUCCACUGGAUCCAGAAUGCAAGCGUUAUCCAAGUUUGCUCUUGCAUUAGAACGCGCCAGGUACGUCGAAAUUGCUAAUGCUCUCAUAUCUCUCGUAUCUUAUAUAUGUUAUCCUUCUCUCUUCUUUUUUUUUAGUAAGCCCAAGUUAUCGAAAAUAGUGAUCAAGUGGAUGAAAUUCCCACAUUGGUAUCAGAAUUUAUCCAUUCCUAAACCAAAGAACAGCUUGUUAACAAAAACCUAUAAGCCGAAAGGCGUUAUCACGCUUAUGGAGAUGAAAGAGAUGGAUCUGUUUCAAAAACUGACACAGAGCUUGAUCAUCGGCAACUCCGUCAUCGUAGUAUGUACCGCGAAGUCGUGUAACAUAGCGGAAUACUGCGAGAUGUUCUCGACAUCUGGGAUACCUCCGGGCACCGUAAAUCUGCUGUCGUGCGAGAACGUGAAGCUCUUGAGCAAACGUUACAACGCGGUCAAUCUGAUAGACAUGUAUCGCCAGUUUACCGUAAGCAAGCAAGUUGUAACCAUGAUUUAGAAGCGUCAUCAGUGACGUUUGGCGACGGGACUGCCGAGACGCCGACACUCAGCAUGCAAACGGAUCCCUAGAUGUUUUUCAAUUUUACUACGAUUUUUUAUCAUUUUAAUUUCAAACAAGAUUACUGUCAUUCACCAGUCGAUUUACCAAAUAAAGAUUCACGAUUAAGCAAA